CCUACUCGCCGAUCAUUUCAUCUCUUUUCUCGCCGAUUUUUUCACUAAAUGUGAACCGCUUGUUCUAGCUUUCACACACUGUCUCUCUUAAACGUCGUCGUUUUUUUCUGUAUUUUUUCUUUCUCCGGUGAUCAGAAAUUUUAACUCGGCAGUUAUUCUGUUCAUUUUGUAGCUCGCUAGUUUAGUUUGUUUUAGAUUGAAUAUCCGAUCCGGUCGAUCUCCGGCGUUGAAUAUUUUCCAUUUUUUGUUAUUGUUUAGCUUAUUUGAGCUUAAUUUUAAGAUUUUAAGGACGAUUUUAGCUAGAAAAAGCUAAUUUUGGCAAAUAUGUUGGAUUUUAAUCUGAAUGUGGAAUCGGCCGAGUCAACUCAGUAUUAUCGUCAGUAUGAUAAUCAUAAUAAUAAUAAUAUGAACAAAAAUUACAAUUAUACAGAAGGAUCGGCAACUACCUCUAAUUCAUCAGUGGUUAAUAAUAACGUGAAUGCUGAUGCUUCUAGCAGUAACGAUGACUCGUGUUCUACACGCGCCUACACUGACGCUGCGACUAGCAGUUCCAAUAUAUGCACUUUCAAUUUUGAUAUAUUGAAAGUGGGGAACGAAAGCAAUGUUGGAAGUAAUCAAAACGACGCCGUUGUUGCAACGAAGGAGUUUUUUCCGGUGGAGAAAAAUGGGAGUCUCUUGUUUGACAGUCGACAGCAGAUGAUGAUUGGCGGAGGAGAGGUGCGGGUGAUGCAGCAACCGUCACAGACGCAGCAGCCUAAGAAAAGCAGGAGAGGACCUAGGUCUAGAAGCUCCCAGUAUAGAGGUGUUACCUUCUAUAGAAGAACUGGCCGCUGGGAAUCUCAUAUCUGGGAUUGUGGAAAACAAGUUUAUUUGGGUGGAUUUGACACUGCUCAUGCUGCAGCAAGAGCUUAUGAUCGAGCUGCUAUCAAAUUUAGGGGUGUUGAUGCUGAUAUCAAUUUCAAUCUCAGUGAUUAUGAUGAUGAUCUUAUGCAGAUGAAGAAUUUGACCAAGGAAGAAUUUGUGCACAUACUCCGUCGCCAGAGCACUGGUUUCUCAAGAGGGAGCUCAAAAUAUCGAGGGGUGACGCUGCAUAAAUGUGGCCGAUGGGAAGCGAGGAUGGGGCAAUUCCUUGGGAAAAAGUAUAUUUAUCUUGGGCUGUUCGACAGUGAAGUAGAAGCUGCAAGGGCUUAUGACAAGGCAGCUAUCAAAUGCAACGGAAGGGAAGCUGUGACCAACUUUGAGCCGAGUACGUAUGAAGGGGAGCUGAUAUCCGAGACCAAUAAUGAAGGUAUUGAACACAAUCUUGAUCUGAACUUGGGGAUAUCACCUUCUUUUGGCAACAGUCCCAAGGAAAAAGGAGGGCAUCAGCAGUUACACUUGGGCCCUUAUGCUUUCGACAGCAAUAGUUUAAGGGAGAACCCGGCUACUCCAAUGACAAGUGAUCCACCUUUCAGACAGCCACCAAGGACAUCAGAUCAUCCGAUGUUUUGGAAUGGUGUAUAUCCUAAUUUCUUUUCCAACGAGGAAAGAGCAACAGAUAAGAGAAUUGAAUCAGGCUCUUCACAGGGACACCCAAACUGGGCGUGGCAAAUACACAGUCAAGUCCCGGCUAUCCCAAUGACAAUGUUCUCUACUGCAGCAUCAUCAGGAUUCUCAUUUUCGGCCACUCCACCAUCAUCUGCUGCCAUUCUUCCAUCAAAACCUCACCACCACCCAGCAGCUCACAAUCUCUUUUUCACUUCACCGGCUACCAUGCCGACCGGUGCUUCUCAAUUCUACUGCCCGGUGAACCCACAGCCAUAAUCCAUUGUUUCUGCUUUGGAGGUAGUAGAUAAUAAAAGAAAACAAAUUAUAUCACAGAAAUUGCACUUUUAGAUUCCUUAUUAUGAAGUUAUGAUUGAAUAUAUUGAUCACAUACACACUAAUAUGAGCUCUCUUACUCUGUCAAAAAACCCCAUAACUAUAGUCUUCUAUUGGAUAAUUAACUAUCUUAUUA